AUGUGUCACACCAGAAGUUGCGGUGGAAUCGGUGCACCCGGCCGCACGCGGACGCUUCUUCAACGACGAUUCGGGUGCACCGCUUGACUCGGACGAUGACAACUCCGUCCACGGCGACCACGGAUCCGUGAUGUCCCAUCUCCUGUUGCGCGAGACCGACAUCGUGUUCCUUCCCCACUCGGAUCAGCGGGAUGGAGUCGAGGCGCGACUCAUCCUGCGUGGGUGCACUCCUGCCUCCUUCACCGUCGCCUCCAUCGGCCCCAACAACAAGACCUCGGGCGCCGUCCCCGCGGACGCGCUUGCCAAGGCCGCGCCCGCGCUCUUCGCUUCGAGGGCGCCUAGACCAUCGCUCAAGUACCUGAAGCUGCUCCUCCCAGGGGAAAUCGGCUCCGACCACAUCGAACUACCGACCGCUGCCGCCGCGGGGCACAUCAUCGCUAAAGUCACCGGCAGCAACAUGGUGUCCGUGGCAGAGGGCCAACUCCGAUGCGCCCUCGUCCUCACGCAUAACUUCCUGUCAGGCCAGCACCAGGCUGUCAGCAAGGAGUGGGACGUGGUCAUCGUCGCGCACCCAGUGUGCAACCUGGAGGAAAAGACGGUGGACACCAUCUGCACUGGACAGAUCGAGCACCUGCUGCAGCAGUACCUCAAGCCUUCACCUUCCUUGAUUGGUGCCAAGGUGGUGCUCGAUGAAAUGCAGCAAAGGUUUGUUGCAACAAAACUGGUAACAUACAUGGUUAUAAUUGUUGGGGAUGCCAAGUUUUAUCUUCACAAGUUGCCUCUUCAACCAAAGAGUUCACCGGAGAGCACGAUGUGCUAGUUCUCGUGUGACACCAUGAGCAACAGCCUCAACCUACGAGGCGGAUUCUGCGUCAGUCGCAUCUACUAAUUUGAGGAAUUCGCCGUGCUUGGCCCUGCCAUGGUGGGCAAGCUCGUGGAUUUGUACCUGCCCAAGGUUCACAGCCGCCUGAUAGACGAGGAGCAGACGAAGAUCUGCAAGGGGCUGUCAAAGUGCUGCAAGCACCUGGUGCGGAAUGGCGAGUGUGUAUGCACAAUCGGGUCUCUCUACCUGGCUUCCACCAUGUUGUUAGCGAUGACAGUAGAGGAAGACCUCAGGAAGCUGUGUGGUGAUCAGCUUGUAGUCACUGGCAUGGGCGCUGGGCACAGUCUUAUUGGUCCAGAUAUUGGUGCUGGCAUCGGUUUGGUUGGGCAAGGCAAUUUUUCCAUUUUUGCUUGGGAUCCUGGUGAUCACGGCUUGGUUACUUCUGGUCUAGGUGUGUCUAGUCAGUGUCCAUUGUCAUGGAAGUUUUUCUAUAUGGUGGCUGCAAAUUUUGUGAUAUGGUGGGUCACUUGGCCAUGGACGCCCCCAUGGUUACUUCCAGCUUGGCACAUUUUUCUAUUCAUGCAUUUUGACAUAUCACAUUCCUUGGUAUACAUCAUUCUGAGGAUUACACUCAUUCUAAUGAGUACUCAGGCUCGAGCAUCACUUCAUUCCCAGUGCCAUAUGUGUAUGCUAGUAGAUGUUGCACACGAGUUGUUUGAGAAAUUAUUCACGUCUCAUGGUGCUA